GGUGGGCAGGGGAAGGAGCUUUGAGAUGGAACGUGUUCAGUGUGGUGUAGUGGUGGCAACCAGCAAAGAGAUUGCUAGUUGUUGAGCUCGUAUGUUGCGUGGUGCUGCGUGUACAGUCUGUCGUGGACUAUCACUGAUUUGGUUAAAAAUGAGUGCGAGAAUGUAUGAGCUGUGAGCAAACAAUGUCAUGUAAAUAGAUUCCCGCAUCUCAAACGUGACGUUCCAAGCAGAAAUUCGUCUUACGAAUUAACAAAUGAUUUCCUACGCGGGUUAUUAUACAACAUAUCGGUGUGGUUGUGAAAUUGAAUUCAGAAAAGAAAUAGUGAAAUGAUUGGAUGAGAUAUGUUACUUGUACAUAAUAAUUUUUGUUUGUAAAUAAUAGUGCUGCAGUGAAAUUUAUAAUUCAACAUGUUCAGGACUAAAGUUCGUAUUCAUACAUGUAAAGUGAUAUUACUGACAUCAUUGGUGUGGUUGUUAAUUUUUGUAGGAUUAUUAACAUUCUAUUCAGAUUGUGUGGGUGGUUCAGGCUGGGGGUGUACUGGAACUAGCAAUAAUGCUGCAGCACAGUUAAGCAAUCAACAUCAUCAAAGGAAACAACAGGGAGUUGUCGAGGGGGUUAAUGAUGAGCCCCAAGCUAAUGGAGAGAAAGAAGAAACAAAUAAUGGAAAAUAUGCUGCAUCAGAACUCAGGCGUUGGAAGGCAGCUCCUCCAGUGAAACCUCAACUAGGCAUGCCUGGAGAACGUGGCAAAGCUGUUCAUAUUCCAGCCCAUCAAGAGGCACUAAUGAAAGAAAAAUUCAAACUGAAUCAAUUUAAUCUUCUUGCCAGUGAUAUGAUAUCUUUAAAUAGGUCUCUUGUUGAUGUAAGAUUGGAAGGGUGUAAAACUAAAAUGUAUCCGAAACUGCUGCCAACAACAUCAAUAGUAAUUGUUUUUCACAAUGAAGCCUGGUCUACACUUUUGAGAACAAUUUGGAGUGCUAUUAACAGAUCUCCUCGCCCAUUACUUAAGGAAAUUAUUCUUGUUGAUGAUGCCAGUGAGAGAGAGCACCUGGGUCGCCAACUGGAGGAGCAUGUAGCAGGCCUGCCUGUGCCAGUCCGUGUGUUCCGCACAGAGAAGCGUUCUGGGUUAAUCAGAGCACGACUCUUGGGAGCCAAACAUGUGAAAGGUCAAGUCAUCACGUUCCUGGAUGCUCAUUGUGAAUGCACAGAAGGAUGGCUGGAACCUCUGUUGGCUCGAAUAGCUGACGACAGGAAAACGGUUGUGUGUCCCAUCAUCGAUGUUAUAUCAGAUGAUACUUUCGAAUAUAUAACAGCUUCUGAUAUGACUUGGGGAGGUUUCAAUUGGAAGCUGAAUUUUCGAUGGUACCGUGUUCCUCAACGAGAAAUGGACCGUCGGAAGGGAGAUCGCACAGCACCAUUGCGAACUCCAACCAUGGCUGGUGGACUGUUUUCCAUUGACCGUGAUUACUUUUAUGAAUUGGGAGCAUAUGAUGAAGGAAUGGACAUCUGGGGUGGAGAGAAUUUAGAAAUGUCAUUUCGGGUUUGGCAAUGCGGAGGCAUUUUGGAAAUAAUUCCAUGUUCUCACGUGGGCCAUGUGUUCCGUGACAAGUCUCCGUAUUCAUUCCCAGGGGGUGUGUCCAAUAUUGUGUUACACAAUGCAGCUCGUGUUGCAGAAGUGUGGAUGGAUGAGUGGCGCGAUUUUUAUUAUGCAAUGAAUCCAGAACUAUUUGCUACAGUUGCCAUUUUGAAAGGGGCUACUAAUGUUUGGAUGUGUGGUGGCGUGUUAGAAAUAGCUACGUGCUCUCAUGUGGGUCACGUGUUCCGUAAGUCCACUCCGUAUACUUUCCCUGGGGGCACAUCUAAAAUAGUUAACCAUAACAACGCACGCCUUGCGGAGGUAUGGCUGGAUGAGUGGAAGGAGUUCUACUACAGCAUUAACCCAGGUGCAAGAAAUGUUGAUGUUGGGGAUGUGUCUGAAAGGAAAUCACUUAGAGAAAGACUGAAAUGUAAAAAUUUCCGGUGGUAUUUAGAAAAUAUUUAUCCGGAAUCUCAAAUGCCUUUGGAUUAUUAUUAUUUAGGAGAUAUUCGCAACGCUCAGAGCCAAAAUUGCUUAGAUACAUUAGGAAGGAAAGGUGGAGAAAAUUUGGGCAUGAGUUAUUGCCAUGGACUUGGUGGCAAUCAGGUUUUUGCCCACACCAAGCGAGAGCAGAUCAUGUCUGAUGACAAUUGUUUAGAUGCUUCAAGUCCAGGGGGGCCUGUAAAGCUAGUGCGCUGCCACGGAAUGGGUGGCAAUCAGGCUUGGGUAUACAAUUCUGAGGAUGGUAUUAUCAAGCAUGUGAACACAGGCCAAUGUCUUCAGAUGCCAGAUCCUCAUGAUAUGUCGCAGCCUCUCCUACGAAAUUGUGACGGCAGCAAAGGUCAAAAAUGGGUCAUGAAGAGCAAGUUUCGAUGGCAGGCAACUGCGAGCUAACUGAUUGCAUGAGUCACAUGUAAUCUAAAAGCUUGCUCUGGGCAUCAUUAAAAUGCUGUUCAUUGUUCUUUUUAACAAACAAUACAAGGAUGGGGGUAGUAUUUUAACUUCCCUUGAGUGUAGGUGUUGAUCACCUCACAUCAUUUCUUAAAGCAUAUCAUUGUUGAUCCUGUGUGACUACAAAUUAACAUCUAAAGGAUGUAUUUUACAUUUUAGUGGGUGACCAAUUAAAGCUCAUGGGCUAAAUGCUCAUUUGCCAAAUUCAAGUGCUGGAAACACUAAUGGUUAUCGAAGAACACAUAUUUCUACUUAAUGUUUUAAUCUGUUAAAAGUAUUAUAAGCUCCCCUUUUGUUAUGCAAAAAUUUGUCCAGCCAUUAGGUUUGAGACAACUGUACUGAAAUUAUCUUCCAAGUGCAAGGUAUAAAUUUUGUUCCACAUUUUAGGUUAUAAUUAUCAAGUGUGUAAUCAAGAGUACUAAUUCGUUCCAAGUUUUCUAUAUUUCAUGGUACAAACAUAAAUAUGAGAGUCAGGAAGUUUUCUUUAGCUGUCAGUUGUAUAAUUUUGAGGUUAAAUUUUAAUGAUCCUCAUAACGUAUUACCUCUUGUUUCAUUUUAUAUCAAUUUCUUACUUAAUGUCAGGAUGUUUAAAAAACAUUGUCAUAUCAAAGACUGGACAGUGUUACUUUAUAUUUAGUUCUGAGAAAUGGGACCAUGUUUGUAGCAAUAGUUUCCUGCAUCGAUUGUACUUAAUCCGCUUGGUCCCAGUCUCAGUGAGUGAGAAAGCACCCUACCUUCAGAGUGCAUUUACCUGUAUGGUUGCCUUAAAGGUUGAAUGUGAAGGUAUUGGUAAUAUUUCGUGGAACUUGAGGCAUGACAGUAUGCUACCUCUCACAUCUGCGUAUGUUUUUACAUAUUGAUAUCAAUUCCAGGCAACCCUGUUCUGUCAAAGAACCCUUUUUCUGUAAUGAACUAUUAGUGAAGUGACUAUAGAUGUUUUUUUCACUUGUCUAAGAGCAGAAGCCUUUUUGUAUUGUACAGAUUCAUUCCACUGUAUAAAAGUGUGAUCAAUUAGAUCAGUAGAAAUGAACUAUGUAUUUUUAAAUGCUAUUGAUACACAGUUGAAGACCAUGAUCAUUGCAAUAUCAUUGUUAGAACAAAUAAUUUGAGGGUGACGGUGCUUUGUGCAGUCUUUUUAUCUUUGUUGUAUGUUCCUCUUAUUGAGACUGCAAUUUGUUUAUUUUAUAAUUGUUGGGAUUUUUAUUUGUCUAAUUACAUAAUCACAUUCAGGGUUACUGCAUGUAAUUUCCAUUAUCAAAAUUACUAGUAGCUGUUUUAUUUUCUGUGCUGUUUCCAGUUGUGCCAAGAUCACUUAUUUGAUUUAACGAGGUUAGGAAGUUUGAAUGCUUUUAAGUGGCGAAAAUUCAAAUUUGCUUAAUGCUCAAUGUUAGAUAUACUAUGUAUAUAUAUGAUUAAGUCUACUCCCCUGAAAUGAAACUGCAUUGUAGAUAAAGCACCAUUACAAGUUAGCAGGGAUUUGCUCAUUGGAUAAAAUGGUUUAUUCUAGGUAACUCUGAAUGAGAUUGGAUAUUGCAAUAACAGUAUUAUUUUUUGUUAAUACAAUCUAGUGUUGAAAAUUAAUCAUGUAUAUUCCACUGAAUUUGGUUGCAUAAGUAUUUUUCUAUUUCAUUUUAAUGUCAGUGGAAUGUGCCUGUUUUUUAUGCAUUCCAUAUGUUGCUAAUAUGUUUUACAGCACUGUUUCUUGCUUCUUUGAAGUCUAACAAAAUACACUGAAUUAUUGUUACAAUAUUUUUCUAUGAUUUCAACCCUUGUUUCAAGAAAAGACAAAACAAAUGGAUGGUAUGACAAUAGUUUAUUAGAAUUAUGAUACAAUCAUUUUACUGCUCCUUAACUUCACGCAAUCUCCUAACAGCAGAUCGUACAGAAGCAGCAGCAGUUGUGCUGUACACCCAUGCACCUCCAGCCACAGUACGCUUGCAUCGCUUACACGACCAAAUGCCUACACAGGAGCGCUUCAUAGCAUCCUUGCCACAGAAAGUGCAGGUGUACUUGGAAUGCUGGGUUAUUUCAAUUUUCUUCACCAUCUUACGAAGGGAAGCACCAUAUCGGGUACCAUACUUCCCGGUGAUUCCUACCUUCUUUGUCCUCUUCGCCAUUUUUAACGUAAACUACUGCCACACACGCUUGUUUGCGACAAACCGGAAGAGUCACCAGCGCCUCCAGAUGAAAAGUAUGAAAGCAAAAACAGUUGAAGAGUGUGCAGAAGCCAGGAAACUACUUUCAUCGUAGCGACGGGCAGACUAUGUCGGGACAAGGGGGUGCAUUUAGUCAACCUCAUUGGAGGACGAACAGAAAUGAGAGAAGUCGUGACAGAUUUUCAAGAGAAGAUGGUGAGCCUAUGUUUCUAUUAUUUGUUGUUUAUGGUGGCUGAUAGGUUAUUCUAGAAAGAAUGGAAGUCAAGUUGGUAUGUAUUUUAGAGAAAAAAGCAGAAAAUCUGCUGAAGAAAGAAUGGCAGCAGAAGAGAGAAUGGCAACUACAAAUACGUCUGUAAUUGUGAAAGCUGAUGAGAAUAUGCCAUUAGAACACCAGAAAAUUUUAUUGGAUGAACGCCUGAAAAGUUCUGGAGUAAUAGAUGCUGCAGUAUCAAAACGCAGUGACGAAUCUUUCAAUGAUGGAAACUUCAGUCACAUUGGGUCUGGUCCAGGAAAAAGUUCUUACCCUGCAGGCCUAAAGGGAGCAGAAAUUGGGUUGUAUUUUAAAAACCUUCAGGGAAGAAAAGGCAAACAAAAGGACAAACAAGCAAAAGCCCUGACUUGUCAAGAAGUGUCAUUGGAUGGUCAAAGAGAGUUUGAGAUCUACAGGUUUCUAAGGGAUAUUGAUGUAAAGUACUUCACAAACUCACAUGAAAGUGCAGGACCAUCACGAAGUGCCCACAAGUGCAGUGUCACUGAAAGACUGGAGGAGGUGGUUAACAGUAAAAAUAAUUCAUUUUAUCAGAGAAUGAAGCAGUCGGGCAAACUGCCAAAAGAAGAGAAAUUUACCCCUUCAGUUGAAAAAUAUAUUCCUCCUUGUGCCCGUAUGAGAAGGGAAUCCAUAAAAAGGGAAGUAGAUGAUUAUGAUUACAAGGAUACAUACAUGAGAAGAGAUGACAGAGGGUCUGACUCGGAUGAUACAGACAGCAAAUCAAAGAUGAAUCCAGUAGUCAAAUACCGACAUAUUGGCGAAAGUGCAUUUAAGCACAAUUUCCUGCGAAGCAUAACUGGUAGCAUGCAAGACAACUUGGAGCGAUCACUCUCAAAUCGGUACUGUUUAACAAGAAAUCGUGCAUUAGAUGACACACUAAGAGAAGAGCUUCUAGAGAAGGAAUCCUCAAGUCGUUACUAUCAGAAAAUGUUGGCUUUCAGACAGAAACUUCCAUCAUACAGCCAACGCAAAGAAAUAGUGAGAAUCAUUGAUUCUAAUCAAGUCUGUGUAAUAAAUGGUGAAACUGGAUGUGGUAAAACAACUCAAGUUGUACAAUUUCUCCUUGAUGAGUACAUACUUUCUGGUCGCGGCUCUGUAUGCCAUGUGGUUUGUACUCAGCCUCGUAGGAUAAGUGCAAUAUCAGUGGCAGAGCGUGUGGCUGAUGAAAGAGAUGAAAAAUGUGGUAGAAGUGUAGGCUACCAAAUACGAUUGGAAAGAAAACUACCUCGGAGACAAGGUUCCAUAUUGUUUUGCACUACAGGAGUUUUGCUGCAACAGUUACAAUCAAAUCCUGCUUUAACUGAAGUGUCUCACUUGAUCUUGGAUGAAAUUCAUGAACGAGAUACCAUUUCUGACUUUGUCCUAACAAUUCUCAAAGAUGUCAUUCCUAGGAGGCCAGAUUUGAGAGUAGUGUUAAUGAGUGCUACUCUGGAUGCUGAGCAAUUCUCUAAGUACUAUGAUAAUUGCCCAUCUCUGAACAUUCCUGGCUUCACUUAUCCAGUGGAUGAAUAUUAUUUAGAAGACAUCGUCAAGUUACUCAACUUUCGGUUAAAUGCUGUGUCACAGCCAAAAUGGAGAAGGUACACAAAAUCUGGCAAAUUGAAGAUGAGAAAAACAGUGGAGUUUAAUGAUCUCAUUGAGCCUUACAUCAGGCAUUUGCGUAGCUCAGGCGACUAUCCAGAGUGGGUUUUAACUACUCUUGCAAAUCCUGAGAGUGAGGAUGUUAAUCUCGACUUAAUAUUUGAAUUGAUCUGUUACAUCUGCCGUCAGGAAGAUGAUGGAGCCAUUUUAGUAUUUCUUCCAGGUUGGGAUAAAAUUUCACAAAUGAACCGAAUGUUGUCGGAUUGUGGAAAUUUCCCUUCUUCUCGUUACCUGAUUAUUCCAUUGCAUUCCUUGAUGCCAACUUCCUCUCAGAAAUCUGUUUUCAACAGGCCACCCCCAGGUGAGUUGGAUUGAUCUUUUAUUUUUCUAAAAUUUUGUUGUAAUUUUAAUUACAAGGUCAUACAAAAGAUGUGAUCUGCAGAUUAUCAGGGUAUCAAAUGUUUAUUUUAUUACCAAGCAUAUGUUUAUUAAUAUAGAGUUUUUUUUGUCUGGUUUGCUGCGUAAGCGUUGCCUACAACUCUUCAACAUCGAAACUGUUUUAUACUAAUAUUUCUACAUUGAAACCUGAAUGGAUCAGCUUGGCUAAUGCACGUCAAAGACGAGGACGUGCUGGAAGAGUACAGCCUGGAAAAUGUUAUCAUACCUACACUCGUGCCAGAGAACAAACUUUAAUGAAUUAUGCUCUACCUGAGAUGUUACGGACACGAUUGGAAGAAGUGAUUCUUCAAAUCAAAAUUCUGCAAUUAGGGAAGGUGCAGCCAUUUCUGGAGCGGGUACUGGACCCUCCCAACAGCAAAGCUGUGGAUCUCUCUUUGAAGCUUUUGGAAAGAAUGAAUGCUCUGGAUGAUGAGGAAAACUUAACUCCUCUGGGAUACCAUCUGGCCAAACUGCCCAUGGAUCCACAGACUGGUAAGAUGAUCCUCAUGGGGGCUAUGUUCAGCUGUGUGGACCCUGUUUUCUCAGUGGCUGCUUCUUUGAGUUUUAAAGAUGCAUUUUUGGUCCCCCUGGGCCAAGAGGAUGAAGUUAACCGCAAGAAAGAUGAAAUGUCUGAAGGAAUGAAAAGCGAUCACUGGGUGAUAGCUCAAGCGUUCAAACUCUGGGAAGAAGCUGAACGAUAUGGGAAUGGACGCAACUUCUGCUGGAAGAAUUACCUUUCUUCAGGCACCUUGGUGCUACUCAGGGAUAUGAAGAGGCAGUUUGCAGAAAAUUUAUAUCAGAUGAACUUCAUGAAUGCACCAAACCCAAAAGACUCUCAAGCUAAUUUGAAUUCUCACAACAUUGGGCUUGUAAAGGCCAUUAUUUGUGCUGGACUGUACCCUAAUGUUGCCAUUAUUCGUUCUGUGAAAAAGAUUCGUAAUGGUAUGGUACGAAUGAAGAUUAUAACUCCGGAAGAUGGUCGGGUGCAGAUUCAUCCACGUUCCAUAAAUGAGCGACAAACCCAUUUCGAAAGCCCUUUCCUGGUCUAUCACACCAAGUUGAAAAGCACAUCGAUUAAUCUUCAUGACACUACUAUGGUGCACCCAAUGCCCCUCCUUUUCUUUGGGCAGUACUUCUGGCCAGAGAAAGAAAAGGGCGACUACUACACCAUCAAAAUUAGCAAUGCCAUUCAGUUUCGUUGUCGGUCACGAACCACUGAGAUAAUACAGGAAUUACGAGAACGAAUGGUGAAAUUACUCGAGUACAAAAUAAGCCAUCCUGGGACAAUCGACUGGAGUCACGAUGCCAAAGAAGGAGCUCUAUUGAGGGCUAUCAUCGAGUUGAUAUCUUAUGAAGACAGACAAAUGGAGAUGAUUGCCCAAGAUGGUGAUGAUUGUGAUGUAUCUGAUUGAAAGAGUGUUCACUUUAUUGUAUGUUAUCCCUUUUGUUAAAAAGAACAAAUCUCAUCUUCAUCCCACAAUCAUCAUUUAUUUCAUUUAAAAUUCCUAAAUCUUAUUUAUCUGUAAGAACUAUGCAGAGAUACCUAAUUUACGUAUGCAAAUAUUAUGAUAUUUUUUUAUUUGGUUUAAUAAAAUAUCAGUGUAUAUAACAAGGAAAAUUAAUGUUAUUAAACUAAAUGUAUAUUGUAAGAAUGAAGUAGUGAAAGAAAAUUUAAUCUUAGAUUUUUUAAGAUGUUCCUUCCCUUAUCCUGAAUAAAAAAUAAUUUAUGACGUUUGUUUAGAUGAUACCAGCAAAAAAGAAAAAAACAGUGGCAGUUAUUUUGAAAUAAAGUUCUUUUCCUUAGCCCAUCUAAUUUCAUUACAAUUUUAGAUAAGGGGUCAUCCAUAAAUUUUGUAACAAAUUGGGAGUAUUUUAGAUUCCUCCUCUCCUCUCUGUAUUACGCAUCAAUAAUGCAACCAUGACACACACUCUAAAAUUUAUUUAACUCUUGUGUUAAUCCUUUCUAUUUAUUGAAAGUAAAAUUAAAUUAUUUUACAGUAAAAACAAAGUGAACAGAUUUCAUUCAUUUCACGUAUUAAAAUCUUAAUUUUUUGAAAACUGAAGAGUUUUCACUUAAAAAGAAGAUUGAACUUUCUACUCAAAAUUCUCAAUUUUUUUAUUGUAAGAUAGUAGCUCAUAGAUUUGUUAUCAUUUGCUCUUAUUAACAGGGUUUAUAGUAUAAACACUCAAAGUUAAUAUCUUAACAUUGAUAAAACAAAUGCUAAUUUACCUUCAUUCCUCAUUACUUUGUAUUGAAGACUAACUUUAUUGAUGAAUUAUGUUGAAAUGAAUAUUUUUCUGUAUUGUGCAAGAUGCAAUUGAUCUAACAAAAGCAGUAGACAUUUCAUGAGGUUGUAGUUGGCAAAAGCAAUGAUAGACAUUUUUGAGUUAGUGUUUUUAAAUGAAGAUUCAUGAAGGAAUAUAAAUGUAAUGUCCAGCAACUCAUUCACACAUAUGUUCCUUCCUUAAAAAUUUUUAAUAUUUAUAAUUAUGUUUCCAUUUUUAUGUUAAGGUGGAUAGCAGAAUUCUCUGCUACAAUUCACUGCAUGUACAGAUCUUGUUAAACAUAAAACGUUUCCAUUACAUUUUCAGAAACUUGUUUAAAUAUUAUUUUCUCAGUGAAUAGUGAUAGAGAAUUUGUAAACCUCUCUCGUUUCAUUAGUCUUGGAGAAUAAGCACUAAAUAACAUGAAACAAUAUUUUGAGAUUUUUAAUUUUCCUUGUAGUACAUGUGUUGUAGAUUUCCAUUGUAACGUUUCUAAUUUCUUGUGUUCAGUGUAAUUGCAGGGAAAUUAGUUUAUGAUAACAAAGUUCAAUUUUUGUGUGUAUAAAUUAGAAACAAAUAUCUUCUUUUGUGCACUUAAAACUAAUUUUCUUUAACUAUCCACUGGCUGACUUCACUUUCUGAAGGGACUGAAUUUAGUUUUGUUUAACACUGAGUGAAUAAAGAAGUGAGGAGAGAAAAUAGGUUAUUUGCUGAAGUGCCAGUCACAGAUUUAGUACCAAAAAAACUAGUCUUAAAACAUAGGCAUUGAUUCCUGAGGAGAACCACAAAUUGUGCAUGAACAAUGGGUUUACACAUGCAGUUUUCAACUGAAUUUGGAGAGGUGGUAAUGAUCUGCUUCCUUCCCUUUUGCUGGCAUCUUCAAAACAAAAACAAAAAAAAUCACCCCACUCCAAGGCUUUAUCAGCAAAAGCAGAGUGGUGGGUGGCACUUAGGAUGCGCUACAAAGAGCACAUAGCAAUAGAGGUUAGUAACUUCUGAUUUUUUUAAAAUUCAAUUUGUUUGCAGUUUCAUGUUAUUAAAAAAUGAAGUUUUAACUUAAUUACGCCUGCCAAAUUAAACGUAAACAUUACACGCUAUUAAAAUUAGUUGGUGAUGGUAGCUGCAAACAAAAAAAACUUUUUGAGGAAAGGAAGGACGCAUAGGGGAGACAAUUUGUGCCAAUAAGUGUGGAGAUGCUAUCAUGAUUGAUGAAUGGGUAGGAGUCCCCAGUAUAAUUUAAUUUAAUUUUCAAAUGAAUUGGUCAGUUUUGAAUAUUUUUGGCAUAAUCUAACAGAUUUAAAAAACAUGUCGUUGAAGAAAAAGUAUUUCCAUUUUAUUACACUUUAUAAAUAUUAUAAUUUUUAAUUUAUUUUUUAAUAUUUUGCUGCCUUAGUAUUAGAUUGAAUAAAAGGAAUGAUUUCUGAAAGUAUUGAAAAAGAAAAUGUAUUGGCAUUACAUAAUACUAAACUAACAUCCCCUAACCCUAUAAAAUACAGAGUAAUCUUGCCUCCACUCCCUUUCCUUUUUUUAGCAUUAUAUAAUUUAUAGGCGAACCUUAAUAUUAGUUGUUUUUUUUUGACACAAACAAGAUUCAAUGAAAAGUUAAUUGAGUUUUGUUUAUGUCAACAGUUAAAUAGAAUUUUUGGAAUCUGAAAGUAUCCUACAGCUUUAUUAUUGAAGCUAAAAUCUGUAUGUAAAAUGCAAAGCAUUUCUCAAUAUUAGAUCUUCAAAUCAUUUCAUGAUCAGUGUUUGGAUAAUGGUUAUUCAUUUAAUAUAAUUUAGAGUUUAAAUGUCAAUGAUCAUGUGUUACGAAAAAUAUUUCUAUACAUUACAUGAACAUAAUAAUUACAGCAUGCCAGUGUCCAGUGUGUAACUCAGUGGUGGCUCAGGAAAAAUUCAACUUCCACCCAGAGAGCCCAGGUUCAAAUUCUAGCCAAGCUGAAUGUCUGUGCUUGUAUUUUUAGUGAACCUUUGUUUUUUCUUUAAGAAAUGCAAUCCACUGUAUUUAAUGGCAGGUAGCCAUUUUCAUUCAAACUCUUGAAUGUAAAAAAUAAAGAUAUGUACUCUGAUACUAUUUGGUUAGGAGUUUUUACAGUGAUGUAUUAAUGGGAAGUUAAGUAACAUAAUAUUUUGUAACCAUCAUCAAUAUUAUGAAAAAGUGUAUGCUGUUGAAACAUUUCUGAUUUUAACCAUUGUAGAAUGACCAUGAUGUAGAAUUAGGAAAUGUAGUUUAUGGGAUAUGCAAAUCCUGUGAACAUCAUUUCCUAAUUACUGAUUUUAUUUUAAUUUCAUAUGUCUAAUUAGAAUAUUUCUUGAGGACAGAUUCCUUGAAAAGUUAGCUUUCUUAAAUUGAAUGUUUUUGGACUGCUGUAAGAUACUUUAAAUAUUCUUUAGCAUUUUUUAAAAUGUGUUCUUGGAAAUUCUAGGAAAACUACAUUUUAUUGGAACACAGAAAGUCAUGGCUGCAGAUUUAGUAUUAUUUUUAUCACUGACAUUUUUGCUUUAAAUUUCUGAUCGUAAAGAUUAUAUUUUUUGUCAGCAGUAUUGAACUGAUGGUUUUCUAACUUAAUUUUCCGAACUCAUGUGAAUAUUUGUAAUAUCUGUCCUCUCCAAUUCCCCAUUCAGGAUUGGCAAAUCAAAAAGCUGUUCUUAAACUGUGGCCUGUGAUUUUAUCAAGAAAUAAAAAAAUGAUGUUGCUCCAAAAUCUUAACUGAAAUAAACAAUAUGUUUUAGGAAAAAUUAGUUUUAAAAAUGUUGGAAAAAAGUUAUUCCCAAUAAUAACAUAAUUUAUUCAAAAAUCAUGUCAAGUAAUUAAUACAAUAACUAGGGAGAAGAUACUUACUGUGGAAAUCAAUUACCCCAAAUCAGUAACAACAAAACACAGUAAAAUACUGUAACUAUUCCAAAAUUUUACUAAUUGGAAACUAAAGCUAUCGGAAAAUUAAUAUUAACUACUUACAUAAUCAGAUUACAUCUUAUUUAAUUACUCUUGUAUAAUUCAUGGUAAUGUUUUUUUUAUUUUGCAUUUUUUAUGCCAAAAUGGAUAUUGUGAACAAAAUCUUUAUGAACACAUAAUAUUCACCUACUGAUAUUUCUUCUUGUUAUGCUCACCAUCUUCAUUUUGUACGCAUGAAGUCUAGGAGUGUGACUUCACCACAAAAUUAAUAUAAUGUCCUGUGCAACGUUCAACCAAAUCUUGCCUUGGUCGCUAUCUGCACAAAACUGCUAACUUCCUGAAGUUAACCAAUGGUGUGACUAUGACUGAUGUUUCCCUUGCAAAACUUGUUCCAUGAGCCUUUUCAUGAAACGAUUUUCAGUUGUACCAAGGUAUUAACAUUGUUUAAAGUGAGUCACAUUCUCAAUCCACAAUAAAUGUUAGAAGGCCCAAACUUGUAUAAUAUACAAAUGAUCCUGACUCUCCAAGACCAAACAGUGGUAGUGGGCUGUAGACUCUAAAUACUAUUCAAAGAGAAGCAUACACAUUUCAAGAAAUUCUGCUUUUACUUCUCAAAAAUGGUCUGUAAUAAAAUAAUUAGACUGUCAUAUUGUUGAAGUGGUUAAUGUUCCCAGAUUUGUUAACUGAUUUGGUCAUUGGUCCGGUUAGUGUAGUGAAUAUUUUAUCUCAGGUAG